UCGGGGCCGGUUGAUCUUUCCCCCAGGAGCUCCCAUAGUCGCGUCGCUAUGGCAGCUCAGGGUCCGUACUUCCGCUCCGCACCGGAUCCGCGGGGCUCCGCCCCGGCUUUCCACGGGCCAAUCGUACCUCGGGGGCGGGUCCUUCGGCUAUAUAAGGGAGCUCCGUGACCCUGGAGGUCUUUCGGAGGGCGGAGAGCUGGUCUGCGGACGCUGUAUUCCCUCUUCCACAUCCCGCUGCAGCCAAUAAAGGCCGUUCCUACCAUAGUCGGUCUGUGUCCGCGUUCCUUUUUCCGAGACUGCAGAGUUCGAGGAGCUGUACGAGUUCUGCUACGCGGAAUUUGCAGAUCUUCCCCUGGAUCUCAGGCCUCCGGCUAGAGUAGGGUGGACACUUAACACAAGGUUCUCUGGUCGACCUUACCCGGACUAACAGAUGGCUACGCUGCGUCGAAUGCUCCACUUGCCGAGCCUGGUGGCAGGGGUGUGCCUCCCUUUUGCGGGCUCACUGGCUGGUAGCUCCCUGGUGGUCCGCUGUCUCUGGGAUCGGCUCCACUCCCAGUCCUGUUUGGGCAGUGUCCCCACCUUCGACUGGUUCUUUGGAUACGAAGAAGUCCAGGGGCUCCUACUGCCAUUGCUGCAGGAGGCACGUGCUGCCUGUCCUCUGCGGGUGCUGGAUGUGGGCUGUGGGACCUCCAGCCUAUGUACUGGCCUCUACACCAAAUCCCCACACCCAGUGGAUGUGCUUGGGGUGGACUUUUCUUUUGUGGCUGUGGCCCACAUGAACAGCCUCCUGGAGCAUGGCCAAGGCCAAACACCUCUACGCCCUGGGCAUCCUGCUUCCUGCCUCCGCUUCAUGCAGGCUGAUGCCCAGAACCUGGAGGCUGUGGCUUCUUCAGGUUCUUUCCAACUACUACUAGACAAGGGCACCUGGGAUGCUGUUGCCCGGGGGGGUCUGCCUAGGGCUUACCAGCUGCUGUCAGAAUGCUUGAGGGUUCUAAGCCCCCAGGGGACCCUGAUUCAGUUCUCAGAUGAGGACCCUGAUGUGCGACUGCCCUGCCUGGAACAAGGGUCCCGUGGCUGGACUGUGACUGUGCAGGAGCUCGGCCCAUUCAGGGGCAUUACCUACUUUGCUUACUUGAUUCAAGGCUCUCAUUAAAGACAUGUUAGUAGUCCUGA